AGUUGAAGUAAGAAUUUUGUUCUCGUCACCCACUGCCUCGGGUUAGUGCUCUGAGACUUGCCGAUUGGUUGCAAUCGGAGUCACACGUACAGCGGAUGAUAUUCUGUAAGUACUUACUUACUCCCCCUCUGCGAUAGAAUUUCUACUUAGUAGGCACAAAGAUACCAGCUACGAAGCUGCAAUCGAUAUGAUGACGAGCACGCCAAACACUUUGUCGCAGAAGGAGCGGCGGGUUUUCCCGUUUCUCCGCCUGAUGCGUCAGAACGGAUGGAAGUUGGUGCGGAUUACCGGUAGCCACCACAUCCACGUCAAGCCGGGGAAGUGCUGCAUUCCGGUGGUCGUGCAUAACAGAUGCGUGAGGCGUGAUGUAGCUCGGGCGGUUCUGAAGCAGGCGGGCCUCAAUGUCGGGGACUACUUACCCCACGUUAGUGCAGAUGAGGAGCUCGUGAUUGAAAAGGCGGACACGCAGGCGAUUUCUGCCGUUGACGCGUCGUGCUCGGGUGGCGGGCGCGCCGAGCCGAAUGAGCUCCGACCAGCCCGGCAUGCUGCGGCGCUCGCGCCUGUCGUAUUGGCAACCGAGGAAGACGAAACGGUCUUGCAAGCGAGAGAGGAAGGGCGCCAGGCACGGCGCGCGCACUUGGAAGAGCAGGCAACGCGGCUUCGAUCCCUGUGCGAUGCCGCGGCCGCCGCUCUUGCGGAAGCCCUGGAUACGACCGCUUUGGUGUGCGCACUUGAAAACUUGGAGAACCUUCGCGACAUUCUGCUCAGGAGCUUCGAUGACAUCGGCAAGUCGUUCGGUUUUGCACCGGGGACGCGGAGGGUCGCGGGCGGUGCGGAGCAAGAUGGCGACGCGGCACCACCUGCGAGCUCGUUCACCGUAGACGAUGCGGAAACGCUUUGCCGCGCAGCAGCUACGUGCAUGAGCGUAGACGAGCGGACUUCAUUGCUUUGCGACGUGAUGUUUAUCCACUCCCUCAGCAGUCUCGAGUACGCUGUGGUGGAGUGUGAAUUCGGCUCGGAGGUGCAAGACCUCCUCAUCCGGGCCUGUUUCACGCAACUGGACACUUGCGUCAAGAAAAUCGUCGCAACGGCGUCACGCGAGGGGAAUAUUGCUUCUGCUGCGGCAUCCUCAUCUUCCAAGACCUGCGACACCGCAACCAAGCUCCAGGAAUGGAAGCAGUCGCUGACGGAUUUUUUGUGCGCGAGGUACCUCGAGUCCUUGCACAAGUGCACGAAGGUGGUUAAUUAUGAGUGCAACAGGCGAGAGCCGCCGAAAGGCUACACAACCGGAGCCGAGUUGGAGCAGAUGAAGAAACCGAACAAGGUUGUGAGCGAAGAAGAGUAUAAGAAAAGUCGCGUCGGGAUGGUGAAAGGCUUGCACCUACUUUUGGAUCUAUUCGGGGUGCGCGGGAACUCGAGAUUGCGGCUGCUGGGGCCAGGAAUCAACUGCGAGCGCGAUGAAGACGCGAGCGAUGAAAUGGAGAUGACAGCAACUACGGCAGCUGCAACGGCGUCGCAGGCGGAGAUACUUGAGGUCGCGCGCCCGGCCAAGGCAAGUAAGAACAAGAAGAAGCGGCAGGCCCAGAGGGAAGCAGAAGCGGCUGCCGCGAAGGAGCAGCUUCAGGUAGCGGACGUGGCCACACUUAUUUCUCAGCGAGUCGAAGCAGCGGUUCCUGCGCAGAAAGAGCUGUGGACGGAAGCGGAACGCGAGGAGCCGCCCGAUUUGUCCUUCGUGCAGCAGCUCGUCUGUCCCGAAACGGUGCUGUACUACGAGUUUAUGGGGUUGCCCUUCGCGCAGCGCUUUUCUAUCGCUGCGAAUCAAGCCUGCGAGUACCUCUCCGUCCGCUUCGGCCCGUGCUUCCUCGACAGUGCCGAGAUCACGCGUUUCUUCACCCGCCUCGCCACGUUCCAACUGGCGUACCCCAUCUUCGAGUGGAUGUACCUCCUGGACCAGGUCACCCGGUUCCCGACUCCUGGGGAGCACGACCGCAUGCUGCAGUGCACUUCGUGUCUGAGUCGACGCGCCAAACCCGACAGGGCAGAUCGGGAAACUCUGCAGCUACGACUGCAGACGCGGGUUGAACAAGCAUCAGGUCAGCGGCACAAGGAGCAGGCGCCUUUCGCUUGGAAGGAUGUGUGGAAUCCCCACCUGAAGAAGCGCGUCGGGGACCUUGCGUUCACACUGGUUGCCAACCUGCGCACGGCGGUCGGAGUGGAGGACCCACGGGAGCCGAACGUGCACGACCUGUUUGCGGGGGCCAAGCGUGCGUGGAUCGUCGGUAACACGGCGGUUGCGACACUGCGUCACGUCAACGGCCGGCGGGGGAGUGGUGUCCGUUUCUCCAGAGGAGCUCUGCGGUCCAAGGCAUCAUUGGCCCCCAAUGCGAGGGAAGCAGAUGAUCUCAUCUCUGCCGCACUCAAUCGUGAAUUGCCUCUGAUUGUCGGCGCCGAUUUGCACGCGGAACUGGAAGCGCUGGGCGUGCCGACCUCCCUCGCCGACCUUACGGGUGACCAUCUGGAGACGCUGGCGGCGUGGAAAAAAGCGGGGCGUGAGUAUGAACAUUCUGAUGCUGCUGAAAGCGCGGCUGAACAGGACGAUGAGGAUAGCAGUGAUGUGGAAUGCGGUGUAGAAGAAAACAGCGGGGACGCGCCGGAGAACACGGGCAAGGGUUCGCACCUCCUGGCAGAAAACGUGUUGGAACGGGACGAACGGGCCGCACUUCCCGCUCGGUACGACUGUACAAGCGACGAGUAUGACGAAAACGCAACCGCAGAAGCUGUCCGUCGCGGACGUGCGAUUCUGAACACGUACCGUUACUCCCCCGUGAACCAGGAGCAGAUCUGGAUCGAGAAUUGCGUGCUCCACACGGAGCUUGCGGAGCUUAACAAGGUCCCAACGCGGGACCUCGGUCUGCCCAUCGGAAUCGCCAUCGACAAGGACAGUGCCGUUGCCGAAUGGGUCGAACUGAUCUCCAGUCUGCAGCACGAAAGAACGGAAAACGCUUGCAGUGUCGCGAAGUCGACCGCCUGCUCGGUAGGUGGGGAUAAAACCACGACCAAGGCACAGGUAGAUCCGCGCGCAGAGAGGCUGCGCGGGCAAUUAUUGCAAAGCCCGACGAACCUUAUCAAGCACCAUCUCCGCUGCACAGCGAAUAGUACCACCGGGGACCACGACGUUGAGAGCAAAACCGCAAUUGCGCAGCUGCCGCAGCCUGUCGCUGACGUUCGCGUUCGCCUCGACAUCUGGCGAAACGAUGAAGCGUCCUCGACGUACCAGAGCGCCGCAGCGGCGUCGAACGUUUGCAGCUCCCUGAAAUUGAUAAGCGGGCGCUUAGGUGCCCGGCACGGGCUGCGGCUGCUGCGGCAGCAUACGGAUUCUAUUCUGCGGUUCUGCGACGAGAUGCUCCGCCGGCUUUCUGCCUACCCUUACCCGGUUGCGUGGCGCGGGCGAGGCUGUGGAUUUGGGGCGCAGCUGCGGCGCGUGAACUUGCUGCUCUUCAUGGUGCUCCGCAGCCUCAGCGACCUCCACGACGAAGAGCUUUUCGCUGGAGACCUUUACCUGAAAGUGUUCGAGGUGGUGAAGAUGACCCUGCGGUCCGCGAAGUUGUUUUUGGAAAGAGUAGAUCCCGAGGCGGAUCGGACGAGGGACGACGGGUGCGGGAUGCACAGCGGGGUCGUGAGGUUGGCCGCCGUGGUGUGCGCCCGUUAUGACGUGGGAAGGUCUGGGCGCACCAUUUUCGUGUUCUUCAGCGGCAUCUUCUGCAUGCUGCUCGUCGCUUUCGAAGAGGCCGGUCCGCGACAACUGCUGCUGGGAGAAGAUUCGAAAAUGAUCGCAGGCGAGCGGAAGCAGCUGCGCGGUCUUCAGGGCAAGCCGCAGUACAAUGGCGCGCUCGUGCGCUUGCUGGGACCGAUGCCGGCCGAUGCAAACCGAUGGAGGGUUCUGCUGGAGGACGUGGCGCCGGGCCAGGAGUUGUCGGUCAAGAUCGAAAGUCUGGGCGCGGUUGCGCCGGACAGGUUUCUCUUCGUGAUGUGGUGGGAAGUCAGAAAACUGCUGACGGGGCUGACGGAGGAGGUCACCGAUUUCAUGAACUUGGACGAACAAGACAAGCACUGGCACUCGCACCUGCUGUGGCGGAGGCGAACGCACUCGCCGAAAGAAUUCCGCGACUUCCUCACGGACGGAAAAACUAUCAAAGACCAGUACUUCAACCCGAUGCGCAACUACCUGUUCCGCAUCCUCUGGCGGAUCUUGGUAGACACAACGCCCAUUUCGAUGAAGAAGCUGAAACAAAAACACAAAAAUAUCGUGAAGGCCAUACAAGACGCCGCCGACGCGCGUCCGCGUGGAGGGGCGAGCACGUCGACUAUGCACAACAACAGCAACGACGAAAAAGCAGCAAAUAAACCAGGUGAAAAACAAAAGCGAAGCAUCACGCGCAAAACUCCUUUUGCAAUUCCGGACAGCACGACGACGUCUCGCAACGUGAGUCCGCAAUUUUUUUCGGACUACUGCGAAGAGACCUCCACGCUGCGCGAGGACGUGCUUCAGCUCCACCGCCUGGCUACGGUGCUCCAGCAGGACCUUCACGAGAGCGCGCUGGCGAGCUUUAAGGAUCCCCCUUCUGCGCGGCUCUGGGAGGUGACCCGGAAAGCGCUCGCGGAUGCGCAGGCUACUGCUGGCCUCGUGCCGUUCGAAGAGCAGGCACGACUCCCGACGAGCACCCUGCAGGCCAUGCAAGAGGAGUUGGAUAGGAGGGGCGCUGAAGCACGAAAUCCACACCAGCAGAAAAGCCGCCUCGCGCAGCUGCUAGCCGGCGGGGCGGAGGACGAUGGAGCGGAAGUUGGAUAUGAGGGCCCGAUCGAAUGCGUGCGGUCCGAGGCAGACAAGGCGUUGGUGCGCCGCGCUGCCUCAGACUGUCUGCGAGACUUGAUGUCGUCCGGAGCAGGUCACGGCCGGAACGCAGCGACGAGCUGGGCACUGGAAACCGGCAUGCGAUACUGCCAAUUGCGCGACACCUUCGGAAAGAUCGUUGCGAAGGUGAAGCCGAUUGUACGGAAGGGGGCUCGCUAUACAGACCGAUGAUUGAUGUAUGUAGGUUUCUGAGAACGGGUUAGUGCAGCUCGCGCAGGUCGCGGAGUAGAGGCAAAAGCAAAACUAGGUGUAGUUCAUUUAUUAGCACUGGUCGGCGAUUUUUCUUUUUGGGAAAGGUAAGCUGGUGGCCGUUGGAAAAUUCAUUGCCAUGGAGAACUUGGUGUGGUUGUCUACUAGGCCGUUGUAGUGCUGCUCUGGUGGCCGGUAGAGGCUUCAAGUGGCGGGCGGGAAUGCAAAGAGCACAUGGCGGCGACUGCUUCCUCGUACAUGGAGCAAGACUCGCAUAGCCAUCCAUUCUAGGAAAGGCCUGGUGGUGGCGGUAACUUGUUAGUAUUAGUUAUUUAUCGGUCUUGAUAGCUGGCUCCACCAUACCUGUUCGGAGGACACGACUAUGUCGCCUUGGCCGAUGCGCGCGCGGCAGUGAGCUUGACGAAGCAGAAUGCACCGAUCCCCGUGAUGAAUGCGAUGUGCGCGCAGCGGCUGGAAUUGGAGGCGUUGUGUGCUGGCCUUGGCAUCGAGAGCUUCCCCGUUCCUAUGGACUGAUGAGGGGAGAAGGUAAAUUUAGAUAGAAGAUGACAGGAAGAUGCAGAUCCAGAUCUCCCAUGGCUCUAGUCAUCUUUGCAAGUUUAAGGUUAAGAGUAUGUAUCAAAAAGAAAAAAACGAUAGGCAAAAUGUAUGGAUAGCAGAUGUAACAAAGAUGCACGGUCUGAAUGACACGAAUUGCGCAAGGAUGCGAUUGUGGUCUAUCUUUUGGAACAAUGAACGAUACUCAUGAGUGAUGUGCCGCAAUGUUCAUUCUUUGGAGCGGAGUCUCGCGUUUUGUGGGACUUGGGAUUUGCAGCAAGGACUGAUAUUCCGGAUCUUUGCCGGAAU